AUGGCCAGUACCGGUAGUAGUGCGAUGAAGCCUCGCAGCCGAAAGAGUUUGCUUCUCGAAUGGGCGGGAUGGAAGCGAGUACCUUCCCAGCGUCAGCUGGAUUUGGCAGGUCCCAAACCAGUCGCCAGGGAAUCCGUGCACAAAAAUGUUCCUCAAGAAUGGGUGGAAGACAAAGCGACGGCCAUGAUGAAACGAUCCGAGGGACCAAAUCCCAUUGAGCUCCUCCUCAAAGUGAUUACCGACAUUUUUGGUCUCUUUCAGGGGUUUCUCUUUGAACAUACCGGAAUCAAGUUGGGGUGA